AUGAACCGGGAGGCCCCCCACCCGCAAAGUCACUGCAAAGUCACCGAAAAGUUACCCGGCGCCGUCGUCCACCAGCCACGACCCCAGCCACGGUCGCAGCCUCGGGUGCGCCACAGCCAUCCGCAGCCUCACCCAACGUCACUCCACCAGGCCGAUGCCUCUUCGCCCUCCGGCAUUGCUACCCAUCGCCUCGGAUCGGCCGCCGCCACCUCCUUCUCGGCGCCCACAUACGCGCCUGCCCACCCCGCCAGCCUCCUCAUCGGUGUCCGUGCCGGCACCGACGACAGCAUGGAGACCAUCAAGUCGCUCUUCUCCAAGCCAGACCCCCAAGCACAGGUCCGCAAAUGCAAUGCCAUCAUCCGCUCCAACAUCCGCAAGCUCGACCGCGACAUCGUCACGGUCCGGCAGGUCGAGGCCAAGACCAAGAACCUCAUCGUCCAGGCCGACAAGCGCUCCCAGCGAGACCCCACCCGCGCCAAGCAGGCGCAGAAGGAGGUGCGCGACUUUGCCCGCGAGCUCGUCCGCGCGCGGCGCACCUCGUCGCGCCUCGUCACCUCCAAGGCACAGCUCAAUUCGGUGCAGAUGCAGGUCAAUGAGGCCUUUGCCGUCCGCAAGAUUGAGGGCUCCAUCAGGGCCAGCGUCGGUAUCAUGAAGGACGUCAACAGCCUCAUCCGCCUUCCGGAGCUAUCGGGCACCAUGCGCGAGCUGAGUGUCGAGCUGAUGAAGGCGGGCAUCAUAGAGGAGAUGGUCGAGGACACGCUGCCCGAGGACGGCGACAUGCUGCUGGAGGAUGACGAGGCCGAGGGCGAGGUCGACAAGGUUCUCGGCGAGAUCCUCAAAGACAGGAAAGAGCCGAGCCUGCCAGCGGCGCCCGUGCCCGAGCCCCAGAAGCCGCUGGCUGCCGCGGAAGAGGAUGAGGAAGAGGAGGAAGACGCCGAGGCCAUGAUGGAUCAGAUGAGAGACCGGCUGGAUGCGCUACGAAGCUAG